AUGCAGCACGCCGGCGGCCGUCUCCCUCCCUCUCCUUGCUCUGCUCCUCCUACUUUUCUACCCGUCGUCACCCAGGAAGGCCGGAGGGGGCUGAGUUCGGGUGGCGGCGCCGGACGCAGCGCAGGGGCCACGGCGACGGCUGCUGACGGCUGGAAGUGUAGGCUUCCUUCGCCGCUGGUCCUCCUUCCCGGGUCCGCUCGGUGUCAGGCGCGGCGGCGGCGGCGGCGCAGCGGGCGGACUUCGUCCUUCCUCCUGCUCCCCUCCGCCCCGGAGCGGGCAGUCUCCCUUUCGCCAUCCUCCGACCCUUCACCCCGGGGACUGGGCGCCUCCCUCGGCGCGGCUCAGGGAGCGGGGGCCGGUCUCCUGCUUGGCUGUCGCGCCUCCAUGUCGGAUAACCAGAGCUGGAACUCGUCGGGCUCGGAGGAGGAUCCGGAGACGGAGUCCGGGCCGCCUGUGGAGCGCUGCGGGGUCCUUAGCAAGUGGACAAACUACAUUCAUGGAUGGCAGGAUCGUUGGGUAGUUUUGAAAAAUAAUACUCUGAGUUACUACAAAUCUGAAGAUGAGACAGAGUAUGGCUGCAGGGGAUCUAUCUGUCUUAGCAAGGCUGUUAUCACGCCUCAUGAUUUUGAUGAAUGUCGAUUUGAUAUUAGUGUAAAUGAUAGCGUUUGGUAUCUUCGAGCUCAGGAUCCAGAUCACAGACAACAGUGGAUAGAUGCCAUCGAGCAGCACAAGACUGAAUCUGGAUAUGGAUCAGAAUCCAGCUUGCGUCGACAUGGCUCAAUGGUAUCACUGGUAUCUGGUGCAAGUGGAUAUUCUGCAACAUCCACCUCCUCAUUCAAGAAAGGCCACAGUUUACGUGAGAAAUUGGCUGAAAUGGAAACCUUUAGAGACAUCCUUUGUAGACAAGUUGACACUCUACAGAAAUACUUUGAUGCCUGUGCUGAUGCUGUGUCCAAGGAUGAACUUCAAAGGGAUAAAGUGGUAGAAGAUGAUGAGGAUGACUUUCCUACAACACGUUCCGAUGGAGACUUCUUGCAUAAUACCAAUGGCAGCAAGGAAAAGUUAUUUCCACAUGUAACACCGAAAGGGAUUAAUGGCAUAGACUUUAAAGGGGAAGCGAUAACUUUUAAAGCAACUACUGCUGGAAUCCUUGCUACACUUUCUCAUUGUAUUGAACUAAUGGUAAAACGUGAGGACAGCUGGCAAAAGAGACUGGAUAAGGAAAUUGAGAAGAGAAGAAGAAUAGAGGAAGCCUACAAAAAUGCCAUGACAGAACUUAAAAAAAAAUCCCACUUUGGAGGACCGGAUUAUGAGGAAGGCCCAAAUAGCCUGAUUAAUGAAGAAGAGUUCUUUGAUGCUGUUGAAGCUGCUCUUGACAGACAAGAUAAAAUAGAAGAACAGUCACAGAGUGAAAAGGUCAGAUUACAUUGGCCUACAUCCUUGCCAUCUGGAGAUGCCUUUUCUUCUGUGGGGUCACAUAGAUUUGUCCAAAAGCCCUAUAGUCGCUCUUCCUCCAUGUCUUCCAUUGAUCUAGUCAGUGCCUCUGACGAUGUUCACAGAUUCAGCUCCCAGGUUGAAGAGAUGGUGCAGAACCACAUAACUUAUUCAUUACAGGACGUAGGCGGAGACGCCAAUUGGCAGUUGGUUGUAGAAGAAGGAGAAAUGAAGGUAUACAGAAGAGAAGUAGAAGAAAAUGGGAUUGUUCUGGAUCCUUUGAAAGCUACCCAUGCAGUUAAAGGUGUUACAGGCCAUGAGGUCUGCAAUUACUUCUGGAAUGUUGAUGUUCGCAAUGACUGGGAAACAACUAUAGAAAACUUUCAUGUGGUGGAAACAUUAGCUGAUAAUGCAAUCAUCAUUUAUCAAACGCACAAGAGGGUGUGGCCGGCUUCUCAGAGAGAUGUAUUAUAUCUUUCUGCCAUUCGAAAAAUACCAGCCUUGACUGAAAAUGACCCUGAAACUUGGAUAGUUUGUAAUUUUUCUGUGGAUCAUGAUGGUGCUCCUCUAAACAAUCGAUGUGUCCGUGCCAAAAUAAAUAUUGCAAUGAUAUGUCAAACCUUGGUAAGCCCACCAGAGGGAAACCAGGAGAUUAGCAGGGAUAACAUUCUAUGCAAGAUUACCUAUGUAGCUAAUGUGAACCCUGGAGGAUGGGCACCAGCUUCAGUGUUAAGGGCAGUGGCAAAGCGAGAGUAUCCCAAGUUUCUAAAACGUUUUACAUCUUAUGUCCAAGAAAAAACUGCAGGAAAACCUAUUUUAUUCUAGUAUUAACAGUGACUGAAGGCAAGGCUAUGUGAUAUUCCAUGUUGGAGAAAAAAACAUAUUUGAAUACUCUAAGCUGGAACGUAGGAUCUAUAGUCUUGUCUGUGAUUCAAGACCUUUGCCUUGUAUACAAAAAUGGAGAAAUAUUGCAAUAGCAAAGCUGAACAUCUAACACUAGCUGUCUCCUGCUAGAUCUCCUCGCUCAGCAUAUAACUAUAAAUACAUGUAAAAUUACAUGUAUAUGGCUAUAUUUUUAUUUGCUUGCUCCUAGAAGAGAAAAAAAUCAACCUUGAAUCACUACUAGGAUUUGAUGCUUUAAUUUUUGGAAACUCUUCUCAGAAUUUUUAAUUUACUAUGGUCCAGCCUGAGAUCCUCCGUUGUAUCAGGUUUUGUGCACAAAAGAAAAGCACAAAAGUUGAACGCACAUGGGGCAUGUGCUUUCUGUGCACCAAGUAUCUUUAUGGGGUUCUUUUUUCAGGCCUACAUUCAAAUCUGUGUCCAGAAUUUUCUGACUUUUUUGCUUUGUAUAAUCAUAGAUUUCAUUGCUGCUGAUUUCUAUAAUGAUUCAUGUUGUCAUGUAAUAACUGAGGGCUGUCAAUAACCAGUGAUUUUGCCUUUUUUAUAGUCUUACUCCCAUGAAGAACUUUGGUUCUGAUGGAGAAAGUGUGAAAAGCUUUAUUUUUUCCCCCAGAUAUCUUUAUAUUUCUAUUGUAUUUUUUAGUUGUGUACUGUGAGCUACAGAGUUUUUCAGUUUGUUACAAACACAGUUUGGUAAUUCCUAUAUUGGUUCUGCCUGCCUCCAAACAGAAACAUCUGUACAAAUCUUGUGGAUAUAGACUACUUUCUGGUAAAAUGAUCAAGAUGAAAUGAGCUCAUGUUUUCCUGAAAUUUGUAAGAGAAUAUAUGGUAUUACUUGUAAAGGCAAAUCAGGCUAUUUGAGUUUGGCAUUUGAUUCAGUAUUUCUAGUAUUCAGUAACAGUUGUGUCAGUUCUUCCAGUUUUGGUCACUUUAAAAGACGAUCUUACAAGAUAAACAUAGAACAUAUGAGCAGCGCUCCUGUUUGCCUUUUGAUCAGAAACUUGAGCAGAGCAGUAAAGGAUUCCACUUGAUUCAAACUGAAAUGCUUCCCUUAGUUGCUCUUUAGAACUCAAAUGUAAAGUACCUUUUUAAACUUUAGGUCUCUGUGAAAAAACCGUGAAGCCUGGAGUUGAGGCAAAGAAUGGUACUCAUUUAAGCAGAAAUGACUGCCCACUUCAAAAUUUUCAUUGUGUUUAUACACAAAUAUGUUUAUAUAAAUCAGAGGCAUUUUGUUGAUGCUUUGCUGAUUUGUUCACCUCUGUUAAAAAACACAGAAAUCCAGACCCAUUUUUAAAGCAGAGGUCUUGUCAUAUGGAACAUGUCCUGUAUAUAUUUCACACGUGGUAAUUGAGUCUUAAUGCUAAAUGCAAGAUAAUAAUUUAAUGAUGGGAUUAGUCUGAUCACUUAAUAUGCACAAUCCUGGAUGUGAAUUACUUGCAUCAGAUUCAGUGGUAUUUAUUAAUUCUGUACAGAGAGAAAUACAUAUAAAAACAUACGCUUACAUUAUAUGCAUGCAGAUUUCAUGCUCCAUAAAUCUUUUCUAUUUUUUAAUUUACCUUUCUCUAAAUAAUGUGCAUGGACUAUGCCUUACUACAGAAAAUACUGUUCAUAAUUUGACUAUGUGGAAGUGCCUAUAUGGUGGUAAUGCUAGUAAGGCAAAUAAGACAAAUUAUCCUAUCAGUUUACUACAUCACCAGUUAACAUUUUAUAUUGUGAUGUUUAAAAAAGAAAAGUUUAUACCUCAAAUGUGUAUUUUAUUUUACAAUCAGCUGUGGGGUGGAGAUGGGAGUGUGGGAGGGUUGGGGAGGGAAGGUUUAUUCACCAUAGCCACUGACGGGAAGCUUCAAAAACAAAUCCUGUAUGCCCACGCUAAGUGUUUUUCUGUUUGCCAUUUCUGGUAACUAUCAUGAACACAGACAAGUAGCUGUUUCAUAAUUAAAUUGGGUAGAUUUAUUUUACAAAGGUUUGGAAAGUUUACAAAGCAGUAUCUAAAUCUAAUUAUUAUUAGUUGCAUUUGCACUAAAUGUGAUGUACUUUUGCAAUUCUGUAAAUAAAAUUACACUAAAAAAUAUUUGUAUUAAAAAGAAGAAAAGGAAAAGAUGUGUUUUACCUUUAGAUAAUGGCACUGCACUGGAGUAAAUCCUGCUCAGUCAGAUAUAGAGGUGAGUCAGAAUGUGGAAAGAGUUCAAAAGAGGUUAGAAUUUGGAGGAGUACUAGCUUUUUAGACAAUAUUCAGAGCCUCUAGAAUUAUUUUCAUAGAGCUAAUUCUACAUACUGAAUAUCCAUGUUUUCUCUUCUACAGAAAUUUCCUGCUUUUCUUCUCUCAAGCAAAAACAUUUAUCCUUUUACCCUUUGUGCUGUAAUAGAAACUUGAAAAAUAUUGCCGAUGAGGGGGUUUUGUCCCUGAGUGCCCAGUGGACAUGACAAAAGAGCAGCAGUGUUUCACUUGCAUUCUUGGUUUUGAGGUGGAGGGUGAUUGUUGCAAGCACUUUAUUUGAGAUUGCCACAGAGGCAGCUAGAUAAGGAGGGGGAUGUCUGUGAGGGGAGGUAUAAGAAUGAAAAAUAAGGAAAAGGAGGAAUGCAUUUCCCAUUUUUUAGUUUCAUCAACUAAUUGUUUUACCUAUACAUCAGUAUCAGCUGUUAUUGAGAAAAAUUUUAGUUGGGCUGAGCUGGUUCUCUUGUGAAAUUGUGCUGGUUAUCUUUAAGCUUAUCAAUUGUUUGUCCAAGUAAACACUUCUCACCAGUAUUUAGUCCAAGUUGUACAGACGAUGUAUUUGGAUUAUUGUCAUUGUUCAGCUACAGACUCAAAAACAUAAUCAUUUUAAAGUAACUUGGGAGUGUGUAGAGUGUAACUAUUCUAUAAUAGCUUUAUGAUCCUGAUAAUGUUUCUAAAAAGUAAUCGUUGGAUCUGCCAUGUUACAAUCACAAAAUUAAAACAAGUAUUUAAAAGUGGAAAAAGUAUUAAAAUAUUAUGGACAAUU